AUGUUGCCUCUCAUUGAUAAGACUGAUCAAUAUUAUCUACUUAUCCAAAGUAAGGCAUUCAGAGUUAUGUAUUUGGCAGUUACUAUUGGACUAAGACAUUGCCCCGAAUUAGCAACAAUUGAAUUGUAG